AUGGCACCACAAUUCCAUCCAGCUCACAUCCUCCCCCUGUUGUUCGCCACAACCUUCACAAUUGGCGGUGCGCUACCUUUGUGGAACCCGACCCGCGCUAUUCUCGAAUUUGGACUCCCUGAGCAUAUCGCAAAUACCAAAGAAGCACAUUCUCCUUUCGCUGUCUACGGGUCGCGUAUGACGGCAUGGGGCAUCGCGAUGUGGUCCUUUUAUCUUCGAGGCAACAUCAAAGCCCUCGACACCAUGCUGGCUGUGCUAUUCUACAUGGGUAUCGCGGACGGGUACGUUUGUUAUAUGGAAGGCGUUCCUGGACGAGCCCUUUUUCGGUUCUUGGCUUCGGCUGUUCUUUCAGGAUGGGGGUUUCUAGGUCUUACAUCAAGAUUAUCGAGGGCGUGA